UAGACCCAACGUUAUGAGAAGAUCGAAUGAGACAUUGAGAUUAGUUGUAACAACGUAUAUUGGUGUUGUGCUUGGUUUCUUUUUAGGAGCGUCAUUCCCAACACUUUCGCUGAAUAAGAAGACAAACCUGCAGUCUACUGUGCCUCUCUCCAUCAAUAUUCAUGACAUAGAGGACAAGUACCCGGGACUCUCAACCCAAACAGCCUUAAAUGUCUGGUCUUCUCUCCAGCGAAACGAAAUCAUAUCAUCACGUCUACCGAAUGGUACAAAAGUGAAACAGAUAUGGGCUCCAACAAAUCCCAGAGGAGCAGAAAGGCUACCUCCACGUCUAAUUGCACCCGAGUCUGAUUUAUACCUCCGCAGAUUAUGGGGUACCCCUAGUGAGGACUUGACUAUGAAACCGAGGUACCUAGUAACCUUUGCUGUGGGUUAUGAGCAGAAGGAUAACAUUGAUAAAGCAAUGAAAAAGUUCUCAGAAAACUUCACUCUUAUGCUGUUUCACUAUGACGGUCGAACAAGUGAGUGGAAUGAAUUUGAAUGGUCAAAAAGGGCUAUACAUGUCAGUGCUCCCAAACAAAGUAAAUGGUGGUAUGCUAAGCGUUUUCUACAUCCCGACAUUGUGGCACCCUAUGACUACAUAUUUAUCUGGGACGAGGAUCUUGGAUUAGAUUACUUUGAUGCUGAAAAGUACAUGGAACUGAUGAAGAGGCAUGGAUUAGAAAUUUCUCAACCAGCUUUAUUAGAAAAGAGUGGACAACUAUCAUGGCAAAUGACCAGGAAACGAAAUGAUACUGAAGUGCACAAGUUAGCCAAGGAAAGAGAAGGCUGGUGUUCUAAUCCACACUUGCCACCAUGUGCAGCAUUUGUUGAGAUAAUGGCCCCUGUAUUCUCACGCAAUGCAUGGCGCUGUGUAUGGAAUAUGAUCCAGAAUGACUUAGUUCAUGGAUGGGGUCUCGAUUUUGCCCUUAGGAGAUGCGUACAGCCUGCUCAUGAGAAGAUAGGAGUUGUAGAUGCUCAGCCGAUAGUUCAUCAAACACUUCCUUCACUUGGGAACCAGGGGAUAGCAGCGAAGGGAAAGGCACCACGUGUAGCAGUACGGGAAAGAUGUAAAAAAGAAUGGAUGAUGUUUCAAAUACGGAUGACGUUGGCAGAGAGAGCAUAUCACAAGAUCAAGGCAAUGGCAUUCAAUCAAACCAACUCUACAGACCAGUAAGGCAAAACACAUUCAGAACAGCCUAUAAACACCAAAGAAGACGGCCAUUUGAAUUUCCACCUACAUGUAACAAUAGCAUGUAGAUAAAAUCUUCCUCAUGUAAGUAUAAAAGUAUUUUUGGGAGAAUUCGAAUGGAUCAAUCUCCACUUUUCGAUGUAACUAGAUAACAGGCCCUCUUUUGAAAAGGGAAACAUUAAUAAA